UUGGAGUGAGUUGUGAUUACAUUGAUGUUACAACGUAAAUACAAAGUUGAAUUUUGCAAAAUUGUAAUCACAUUGUAUUUCCACACUCUUUACAAUUUUGGGUGGAACUGUAAUUACAUCGAACACAUUUUGUAAUUUCUUUGUAACGUGGGUCUCGUUGCGAAGACGCUCAAGCGACGCGCUGCUGUUCAUUUCGAAACAAUUUUCUUGUUUUUUUUCCAAGUUUUUCCCUAUUUCAGUGAUUUAUGCUCAAUUUUCAGGUCAAAUCAAAUUCAGACAGUUUCAUGCAAUCAAUAUAACAAUGGAAAAGUGUGCGGGUGAGUGAAAUAUGACAAAUUUUUAUGAUUUUUUCUGAUAAAUUCUAAUUUUUGAUAUUUCAGAUUUGCCGGGACUUGGGUUUUCGACCAAUCGCUUCUACGAUCACCGUCUGAUGGAUACAACAAGAGAAAAAUUAUGGUUAGUGACUUAGUGAUUCAAUUUCUAUUCAAACUAGAACAUUAUUUCUUUUCAGAUUUCGCAGAAAUUUAUCAGAAGGAACUCAUUCGAAAUCGAAUACCGGAGAUGUUUUGAAAGUAAGUGGUUUUUUGACCAAUAAGUUAAUUUUUCAACGUUGGGAAAGUGAAGAAACUCUAUUCAGAAACCCUCUCAGAAUAGAAAAGCUGCUGUAAAAAUAUGUUUUCUGGAUUUCUUCUACUUUCUCACAGUGUUGAGAAAUUUUCUCAUUAUUCUUAUAGGAAUUCAUACUUAAAUUGAACUUUUCAGGUCUAAAACAACAAUCUACAACAACAAACUACACCAGCCCAACUUCCCAUCAUUCAAACGCUUCAUCUUCUCAACAACGACAACAAUCAAUAUUGAACGAGAAUCGUUAA